GAGAUCAUUGACUUCUACAGGGUUGACUGCGUAAAGGCGGUUCUAGUUGUUCGUUCUGAAUCGCAAGUCCCAGAGAACGAAAUCAAAAUUAUAAUGUUAGUAAUCCGUUUUCUGCAAUAAGUCAUUCUCGAAUUGAUUAAAUAGUAAUACCCAGUGAAAAAUACAACAAUAAUGAUAUCAACUCAUACUGGUUUGUUGUUCUGUUCUUCGUUCUGAGAAAUUUCUUGAAAAAUUGUAGUAGUGAUUGCACAAAGAGUGAAUAUGUGGAAAUGUCACAAGUGUGGAAAGCCGGUCUAUUUUGCCGAACGCAAACAGUCUCUGGGCUACAAUUGGCAUCCAGAAUGUCUUAGAUGUGAAGAAUGUGGAAAAAGGUUGAAUCCCGGUCAACAUGCUGAGCAUAAGGGUGUACCUUACUGUCAUGUACCUUGCUAUGGUGCGCUCUUUGGACCCCAGCUUUUUGGCCAUGGAACAAGGGUAGAAUCUCAUAAAAGCUUCGGACCUAUAAAAGAUGCUUCCAAAAUUGGCAAUGGACCAUCUUACCCUCCCAGAUCAGUCAUGGAUUCAAAAUUGAAGAGUUACAAUCAGUUCCAUGAAGGAAAAAGUGGAGAAAUACGAAGUAGGGAAGUGAAUGGUCGCUUAAUCCUUGAGGGACCCUUAAGGAUAUAUUGGGGAGUUCAGGGUGUAAUCCAUUUGAAAGAAAACGAUGAUCAAAGAACGGUUGUGACUGUUAGAAAGAGAAAUUCUUGCAGGUAUUCUGCUUCCAUGAAUUCUGACUCUGAAAAUGAUAUUGAGAAUAUCUCUAGAGAUACUAGCUAUAACGAUCUAUCCACUGCAUCUGAUAUCUCAACAGUAGAUUCCUUUGAUACCAGUAGAAAUGAUACUGGUAUUGAGAGUGGUAGUGAAUCUACUGAUAGUAGUACUGUUGAAAAUAGCCCCACUACUCCGCCGCACACAACAUUUCAUAAGAGUGUGACUCUACCUUCCAAAUUAGAUGUUAAACAAAUGGAAUGGGAUGAAUUAGAUGAUCUCCUGCAGGUUGAAAGGAGGGUUAGUGAAUCGGAGAAAUUGUAUCAGACUAUGCCCCUACCUCUGCCAUCUCAAUUCAGCCAAGAAAGUGGUAAUAGAGAAGAGAAAGAAAAUAGAAGCCCAAAUGAUGCAGAGAAUUCAAACAAAAGUCUUGCAACAUCGAAGGAUGAAACUACAUCUGAGAGUACCAAAUACGUAACUAAGGAUGAUAGCUGGAUUUUGAACAGCAACCAUCUGAAUCGAUCCAGAUCGGGCCCUGACUGUAUUGGUAGGGCUCGAGACUCCCAAUCUCCUGAAUUCGACAGAUCUUCUGUGGCAAGCUUCGAUAUCUCGACCAUGUCUGAAUCUCCGGAGGAGGUUGUACGUAGGCCUAAAGGUUCUACAGCUAUAAGAAGAAGGCCUGGAAAACGGUUAUCAAGGAGUAAGGUGAAACGAAGGUGUUCAAUCAAUGGUCAUUUUUAUGACAGAGAAACCAGCUUUUUCACCCCACCGCAUGGCAGUCAAAUGAGUGUUUGGAUAACAUCUUUGGUCAAUACUCAAGAGGUUAUAAAUCUGAUCUUGGAAAAGUAUAAGGUGGAGAGUGAUCCAAGCAAUUUUGCUCUGUUCAUGAUAAGAGAUAAUGGAGAGCAAAGAAGGCUCAAAGAUGACGAGUCACCACUAUGCGCUAGAGUUAUAAGUGGUCCUCAUGAAGAUAUAGCCAAAUUAUUUUUAAUGGACAGUCAUACAACACCGGAAGUUAGUAAUGAAGUGGCUCAGUUCUUGAACCUAUCUUUGGCUGAAUGUAGAGCCAUUUUGAACCAGUACUACUCGCAAGAAGAAAGAGAAGUUGCGCAACUGAAAGAGAAGUACAAAGAGAUGAAGAGAAGGAUCUUGUUGAGAAUGCAAGAUUUCAAAACGAGCAGUGGACUUUAAUUUUCGUCAGUUCUAGCAAUUAGACAAAUUGAAUUUUUCGGAAAGCGAAAGAUAUUUUUCAAAUUCAUCUGUAGGUUGUUGUUAAUAUUUUUAAUUUUAUUUUAAUCAAUAUACUAAGUUUUCGAUGCGGGGUUGAUUUUUUCACCUUUUAUUAAUUCGAAACGAAAUUAGCUAAUACAAUUUUAUCUUUACCUUUUAAUAUGCUUCGCUUUUAUAAUUAAUCAGAACUUAAGUUCUUUAACUGACAAGGGUAAGAACAAAAUUAGUAAAAUUCAAUUAUAAUUCUCAAAGUUCAUCAAUUUUAUUGAAAUUUAUAUAUUUUGCUUUCGAAUCUCACCAGACUAUAUUUAUGAUAUACCUAUUAUAUGUUGGAAUUUAAUUGGUCUCCGUUAUAUAUCUGCAAUUUAUCGUAAUUUUUAUAUUGAAUUUAUGAAAAUAAAUUAAACAGCUGUUAAAAGUAA